AUGGACCGAUCUCUUGUGGUGUCGGCCGACGCCGUUUUCUUCCACUGGCGGGACACCAGUCCAUGGGAUUUGCCCGCAAAGAGUCCGUCGGCUGCGGCCAGAGGUCAGAAGUGGGUGCUCUACAACUGGGAACCGCCGCAAUACGCGCCAGCCUUUCGGGUGCGCCCUUUGGCCGAACACAUCGAUUGGGUUAUGAGUUAUAGACGCGAUUCAGACAUUUACGUGCCGUACGGGUCGGUCACAAAAUGUGAUACAAAGUGGCAAAACGAGAAUCUCUUCGACAACAAGAGCGGUUCCGUGGCGUGGAUUGUGUCCAACUGUCAGUCACCGGGAAAUCGCGAGACGUAUGUCAACGAUCUUCGCAAACACAUCGAUAUCGAUAUCUACGGAAUGUGUGGUCAACACGACUGCCCGCGAGACGGCACUUGUCUUUCGGCGAUCGUUAAGAAAUACAAGUUUUACCUUUCAUUCGAGAAUUCGUUAUGUAAAGACUAUGUGACAGAAAAGUUGUUUAAAAUCAUUUCAUACGAUAUAAUUCCUGUAGUGUACGGUUCGGCCGACUAUUCGCUAAUAAUGCCAAACAAUUCGUUCAUAAAUGUAAAAGACUUUAACACUACUGAGGAUUUGGCCAAAUAUCUCAAACUGGUCUCAAGUGAUAAGCAAAUGGCUAAACAUAUCGAUUGGGUUAUGAGUUAUAGACGCGAUUCAGACAUUUACGUGCCGUACGGGUCGGUCACCAAAUGUGAUACAAAGUGGCAAAACGAGGAUCUCUUUGACAACAAGAGCGGUUCUGUGGCGUGGAUUGUGUCCAAUUGUCACACUUCUGGCAAUCGCGAGACGUAUGUCAACGAUCUUCGCAAACACAUCGAUAUCGAUAUCUUCGGAAUGUGUGGUCAAUACAACUGCCCGCGAGACGGCACUUGUCUUUCGGCUAUCGUUAAGAAAUACAAGUUUUACCUUUCAUUCGAGAAUUCGUUAUGUAAAGACUAUGUGACAGAAAAGUUAUUUAAUAUGGUUCAAUACGAUAUAAUACCUGUAGUGUACGGUUCAGCCGAUUAUUCGCUAAUAAUGCCAAACAAUUCGUUUAUAAAUGUAAAAGACUUUAACACUACUGAGGAUUUGGCCAAAUAUCUUAAAUUAGUCUCAAGUGAUAAGCAAUUAUACAAUUCGUAUAUGUUAUGGAAGAAUAGUUAUUGUCCACAAAUGACUCAUUCCAAGUAUUUCUGCCAUUUGUGCCACAAAUUGAAUGAAGACAGCGCUCGGAAGCCGACCAACCGGUGGAACCGUAAGGAUGUGGUCGAGUGGUUCAUCGAUGGCGCCGAUUGCCGUCGACCCACGUUUAACUCAAACAGUAGUCUUCGUCCCAUUAGCUCGAAAUAUUCGGGAAUAAAAACAUCCAAAAUCGGUCGGGAACCGGGAAUAAAAUCGUCAAAUUCGGGAAAAUUCGGGAAUUAA